GUACAACACUCUGCCAGCUAAUACUCACUUAUUACAUAUAUUUAGUUAUCAGACAAUUCAUCCAUACUGAUAAAGAUGAUAUAUAUAGAACCACAUAUUAUGCCCGUGUUUGCGAAAACUGAUAAGCUUAUCUUAUCUAUGAACUAAGCAAAACUUCCCUGUUACAAAAUAGCCAUUUGAAAGGUUCUUGAUUUUUGCGUGUUAUUAAGAAAAAAAAAAGAAAAAAAAAAGACAGGCUACACAUUUAGAAUGGGCGCGGAAGUAAGCAAAUAUUCGGAUGGCAGUUUGGACCUGGCCUUUGUCGGGAGAGAAAACGACAUGAAAAUGGUCAGAGAAUUAUUACAGAAAUAUAAAACGAUCGGGAUAUACGGGAUGCACGAAAUUGGAAAGUCAAGGUUUCUCGUCGAAUUGUUUCGAAAUAUGAAUAAAAGUGGAGCUAUUUGUCUAAUGAAAGAUUUUGAACUGGAUGAUAUCACGUCGUCGUACGUACAUUACAAAUGGUUUCAUGAUCUGUUUAGCUAUACCGACUUGCAGACGAAAUGGACAGAUUUCAAAAUUAAAUUCCCUGGAGAAAACAUUGUGUGUGAUAUAUGUAAACGUUGUGGUAAUAAAUUGUCUUGUGAAUCAAAGAAAAGCUGUUUAGAACAGGCUGCAAAUGCAGCUAUUGAAAGUGUUAAAUCUUGCAAGAAGCAAAUAAUGAUCUUCUUGGAUAAUGUUGAUAAAAUCAUUGAUUCAGACUUAAAGGACUGCCUUUUACAUUUUAUUCAUGAACUGAACGAAAAGUGCCCAAAGAUUAAACUUGUAUUUUGUUCAAACAAUGAAGUAAAAUGUUUACAUAAAUCAUAUGGAAGAUUAGUUCUCGGUGCUCUUGCUGAACGUUCUAUUCUCAAGUUAAUUUACCUGACAACUGAAUGUCCAGAUGAUGUAUCAACCAGCGAGUAUGACGAUAAUGUAUCAAAUGAUAAGAAUGCUCAGAACAACGAAACUGCAGAGAACUUGUUUAAACAAGAAAACCAAUAUUUUACUCCAGAAAACAAAGUGUACAUGGACAAAAUUGCAACUUUAUGUGAAGGUCAUCCUUUAGCUGCAAUUAUAUCCGGUUCGCUGCUUACGGAGGAUGAAGGGAUUUUAACUCCGGAAGAAUUAAUGGAGAUUCUCACAGAGGCACGGUUGGAAGUUCUAGGUCAAGACCAUUGUCCACCAGAUCACAGAUUAGAUGCUUGUGAAACACCACUGCAAAAAGUAAAGUCUGUUUACCGUGUAAUAUUCAAUGAAAAACGAAUUGCAUCAGAAGGCAUUCUUGGCGAUUCGAGUGCACUUUGAUAUUGUGGUGAGAAGGUAAAAGGUAAAUACACCUGUUCACUGUGGAUAACUGUGAUGUAAUAAUUGACAAGCUCUACUACAUGGAAUAAUGUUUUGCCGAACGGAAUGUCUAUAAAUCCUAUAUCACUUCACGGUAGUGCUUAUUCUGCCGUCGCCCAAGUUCAGGCCGUAAUCGAUAAUUGGCUUAAACUGAAUAAAAAGGAACAAUUUCAUAUAUUCUAUCUGUUACUGACGUAUUGAUUGGAAGUUCACACAAAGUAUAUAACUUUUAACUUUUAAUGCGUUGUUUUUGUAAGCAAUUUACUGUUAAAACGUUUUACAUUUAUCAGCCACAGAAAAAUAACCCAAAUAUAUAUUGCUUCAACAAGUCAUGCCCAGUAUGAAGUAAAUUUU